AAUGGCUGAUGAUUUUGCACCGCCCGCAGAUGGUUUUGCACCCGCUGAGGAUAAUUGGGCCACGGAAGAUGUUGCUGGUGGACAAGGGGAUAUGCAAAUGACUACAAUUGAUUUUCCUGAAAUUAAAUUGUUUGGUAAAUGGUCUUUGAGCGAUAUCGAAGUUAAUGAUGCUUCUUUAGUGGAUUAUAUUGCUGUUAAAGACAAAUAUGCCAAAUAUUUGCCACACAGUGCUGGUCGUUAUCAAAUCAAGCGUUUUCGAAAGGCGCAUUGUCCGAUUGUUGAACGUUUGGUUUGUUCGAUGAUGAUGCAUGGACGUAAUAAUGGUAAAAAGUUAAUGGCUGUUCGGAUUGUGAAGCACGCUUUUGAGAUUAUACAUAUUUUAACUGGAGAGAAUCCAGUUCAAAUACUUGUUGGUGCUGUUAUCAAUGGAGGACCACGGGAGGAUUCUACUCGUAUAGGUCGUGCUGGAACUGUUCGUCGUCAAGCUGUUGAUGUUUCGCCUCUUCGUCGUGUUAAUCAGGCGAUUUGGCUUUUAUGUACUGGGUCUCGUGAAGCUUCUUUCCGUAAUAUCAAAACAAUUGCUGAAUGUUUGGCUGAUGAGUUAAUUAACGCGGCAAAAGGUUCGAGCAAUUCAUAUGCUAUCAAGAAGAAGGACGAAUUGGAGCGAGUUGCAAAAUCUAACCGUUAA